CCUCCCUUACUAUUUAAUUCCUGCCCUCUUAUAAGAUCCGGAUCACCACCUACAUACCUAGGUCAGCGUAACCAGGUUUUUAUUUCACUAAGUUUCGUGUUUCUGUUCCUUUGGUCCACUCACCCUAGAUACCGACCUGUCGUAUUCGAACCCCACGUUGCACGACAUCAUGUCUCUCCCAAAUGGCGUAUACCGUGCCGAUCAGGUCGGCUCUUUCUUGCGACCAAAGGCACUCCUCGAGAAACGUGAACAAGCCGCUGAAGGAAAGAUUACCCCUGAGCAACUGAGAGAGGCAGAGGACGAGUAUGUCGCCAACGUCGUCAAGAAGCAGCUUGACGCAGGGUUACGAUCUAUUACAGAUGGAGAAUUCAGACGCCAAUGGUUCCACGUCGACUUCCUGAGACACUUAGCUGGUGUAGAGCUUCGUGGCACUAUGCAGUCGACCAACAUUAGUGUGGGAGGUACUAUGCCUCCACGAUUAGUUGUCGUAGACAAAAUCGGCCACCCGAAGCCCAUCCAAGUAGAUGACUUCAGGUACCUCGAGUCUCGGAUCGCAGCAGCUGGUGCUAAAGCCACUACAAAAGUCUGCAUUCCGUCCCCGACCAUGGUUCACUUCCGUAACAGUCGUGAGACCAUUGACGAAAAAGCCUACCCGACGUUGGACCCCUUUUUCGAGGACCUCGCGCGUGUAUACCAGGAAGAGUUGGACGACCUAUACAAAGCUGGCGCGCGCUUCGUACAGCUUGAUGACACCAACUUAGCUUACCUGUGCGACCCUAAGAUGCGAGCUGAGGCCGAGGCACGACAUGGCGAUGCUAAUGUCCUCGCACGUCAAUAUGCUGCCCUCAUCAAUGCCGCCAUCUCGAAGCGACCCGCCGAUUUGACUAUCGGUAUUCACCUAUGUCGUGGCAACCAUCGUUCCCAAUGGUUCGCUCAGGGAGGAUAUGAGCCGGUAGCCGAAGUUUUGUUCAAGGACCUCAACGUCGACGCUUACUUCCUCGAGUACGAUGACGCCCGAUCGGGUGACUUCUCACCACUCCGACACCUGCCCGAAAACAAAGUUGUUGUCCUUGGUGUUAUGACCAGCAAGAAGCCCGAUCUAGAAGAAAAGACCGAAAUCAUUAAGCGAUUGAACGAGGCUGCUUCUUUCUGCUCUAAGGGGUUGAAGCAACUUUGCCUCAGCCACCAGUGUGGUUUCAGCUCCACGUCUGAGGGCAACGACCUCACUGAGGAUGAGCAGUGGGCUAAGGUUAAGCUGGAGGUAGAGAUUGCCAAGGAGGUCUGGGGUGACGACCUCUCAAUCUAAAGUUUCGCGUCAAAUUUGCAUUAAUACUGGCCGGCGUGGAUUUCAACAAUUAUACUCAUAAGCGAUGAGUUUAUGUGGUAGGUAUGUGAACCACAGGGUGGAGAUCUGCUUUGGUGUCUUUACCUCAACGGUAAUGUGUAGUACGAUAGUGAAACUACGAGUAUGCUUUUCGUGAUAGCAGAAAUUUAAUUAAAAAAGAAAAAGGGAACGUGGAUGAAAUGGCGUCGAGUGGUAGGCAUGAUGAUACAAAGGAAUAAAGUUGAGGAUAUUAAUAAUGAGAGCAUGAUUACCGAUACUAUGUCUAGCUCCUGAGUUUGUUAGUCAAGAGAUUA